AUGGCGAUACAGCGAAUAAUUUUCAUCUUGUCGGCGUGUGUAUUGCUGAACUUAGCAAUCAGUUUCGCAUUACCGCAACGAGUUUUGAGGUCGGGAGGCGUCAGAAAUAUGUCCGUAGAUGAUCCAAACGUGAAGAGAGUAGCGGAGGCGACCUUGCGCAAGUUAAGAAGCCAACAUCAAGGAGACAGGGCACUGAUGCUGGUUGAAAUUGAAAUGGCUACGUAUCAAGUUGUCGCUGGAGCAAAGUACCACUUACAUUUAAAGGUCGGUGAGAGUCACUGUGCGAAGAAUAAAUAUACUAGAAUGUGUCGGUUGGAUGAAGGACGUCCUUUACUAGCUUGUGGUAGUAAAAUUUGGGAAAAGCGUUGGAUCAAUUUUAUGGAAAUUAAUGUUCAUUGUAAUAACUAUGACGGUAGUAUUUAA